UUAACUUGUUCGGUCUCGAAGCGAUUCGAGCUUAGUCUUCGAUAUUUUUUAUACGGUGCACACGGCGACCGUACAACUGUAAAGUUACGACUGAACAUAACAGGGAACCUAUCAAACCGCAUUAGCGACCGGAAGAUUGACGAAUUUUAACGCGAUACGAGUGAUCGUAUUCACUUCCGCCAACGGAAAUAGAUCGUGAGAUCUCUCGUUCAUCUCGAUCGUAGUUCUCGCAUCCGACCGGUGACCGGACCGGACGUAUCUGCCUAUAAAUAAACACGCAAGCAGAGCCGAACAUGCCCGCCACGACGUUCCGCACGUUCGCCCGUUCGUUCGGGUCGAAAAUUGAACAACCUGUACGUACACAUUUAGUCAAUGUGUAUGCCUGUUUGACAGUAUCCAUGAUAUCGGCUGCAGUUGGGGCUUAUGUCCAUGUUUUCACAAACUUUCUAAGUGCUGGAUUAUUGACAACUCUGGGUGCUACUGGAUUACUAUUAGCACUUAUGUACACACAAGAUAAUGGAAAAAAUCGCUCUCUCAGAAUGAGUUAUUUAGUUGGAUUUACUUUCUUCACUGGCCUUGGAAUUGGUCCAGUCUUAGACUAUGUUAUACACGUGGACCCCAGUAUCAUACCAACAGCAUUUUUGGCGUCUACAUUGGUAUUCACAUCAUUCAGUUUGUCUGCCAUUUUUGCAGAACGUGGAAAAUGGCUCUACCUAGGUGGUACUUUAAUGUCGUUGCUGUCUGUCCUCAUGUGUUUGUCUUUGGCCAAUUUAUUCCUUGGUUCAGAGCUUAUAUUCAAAGGCUAUCUUUACCUCGGUCUUGCGCUUAUGAGUGGUUUUGUUUUGUACGACACUCAGUUAAUUAUGGAAAAAAGAAGAGCAGGAGACAAGGAUUUCAUUGCUCAUUCUGUUGAUCUCUUUGUGGACUUUAUUGGCAUCUUCAGAAGGCUGCUUAUCAUUUUAGCACAAAAGGAACAAGGAUCAAAGAAGCGCAAAGACUGAAUGGAAACACAUCCUCUUUUUUUAAUAAAAAUUGUAAUUACCAACUAAAUAUCAACUGUGUACACAACCAACUAUUUGAAAUUAAAUUUAAAAGUAUAAAUAAUAAUAGUGGGUUUUUGUUUUUAGUUUGGUAAUAUUUUUACAUAUAUUAUUACUAUCUAUAAGUCAUAUGAUUUAAGUUUUAAUUUAGACCGCCUAAAGGUAAACCUACCUAAUGUCAAAAUUGUUCUUUUGGUGUAGGCAUUUAGAUAUGUUGAAUUCGUUUAAUAGAAUUAUAUUUUUCAUUUAUCACAAUGGUUUUCUUAUAAUAAAAGACUAAUAAAUUUGUUACUAUAACUGAUAA